AUGACUUCCCCUUCCAUAUCCCAGGUUCCUGAAAAGGGCCAGACCCAGAUCACUUCUUCGAGCACUUCCCCUUCAUUGUCUGCUUCUGCAUCUGCACCCUCAUCUAUAUCCCCUGAUAAUGCCGUUGAGCCAGCCGACAAGUGGGCGAAUGUCUCGCCCGAAUUCCACAAGCGCGCCAUGCGCAAGGUCGACUUGUGGCUGGUGGGCUUCUACUCGCUCGUCUACAUCUUCCGCGUCAUCGACUCGAGCAACUACGCGAAUGCCGCCAUCAUCAACCUCGAAGAGGGCAACGGGAUCAAGGCCGAGCUCGGCUUCUCGCCCUCGCAGUGGUCCUGGAGCCAGUCGAUUUUCUCAUACAGCUACAUGCUCUUCGAGCCGACGAAUACGAUCCUCCUGAAAAAGUUCAGGCCCUCCGUCUGGAUGUUCCUGCUCAUCCUCUCCUGGGGUGUAUCCGCGACGUGCUCCGGCGCAGUCCAGAACUUCGAAGGCAUGAUGUGCGUCCGCUUCGCGAUUGGACUUGCUGAAGCCGGGUUCUACCCGUCUGUUUUGUACCACAUGGCCUUUUGGUACAAGCCCUCCGAGAUGCCCUGGCGCAUCGCACUCUUCUACUCCGUGGGCCAGCUCUCGUCCGCAAUCUCUGGCCUCCUCGCCUACGCAAUCAGCCACAUGAACCGCCUCGGCGGCCUCUCCGGCUGGCGCUGGCUCUUCAUCCUCGAGGGCCUCCCGGCCAUCCUCUUCGCCUUUGUCGCGCUCUUCGGCGUCCCCGAUUACCCCGAGACGGCCAAGAUGCUCACGCCAGAGGAGAGAGAGUACCUCUCGAACCGCCUCUCAAAAGCCGCGCCCUCGGGGCGAGACCACAACUGGAGCUGGGCGGCUGUCAAGUCCCUGCUGAAGAGUCCGACAGUGUAUACAUUCUCGGUGUACUGGAUCGGGCAUGGGAUUGGUGGGUUCGGGGUGAACUAUGCGUUGCCCACGGUUAUUUAUGAGUUGGGGUUCACCACGACGGCGAAUUCGCAGCUUAUGAAUAUUCCCCCCUACGUCGCCUGCUUCCUCUUCCUCAACACCAUUGGCCACUUUUUGCAGAAGAAGUGGAUCCGCCCGUGGACUACCGCUGUUGCCAUCGAAAGCACAAUAAUCCUCUGCUACAUCCUGUUGAUAACAAUCCACAACAGCGUAGCAAAGUACAUAAUCCUAAUCAUCGCAACCGCCUGCGCCGGCUCCGCAUACCCCGUCAUCUGGCCUGAACGGAUCCGCGCACUCGAGGGGACAGUGGCCGCGGGUAUCGGAAUCGGCCUGACGAAUGCCAUGGCGCAGUUUAGUGGCAUCGCCGGGCCGCACGUGUACAACUCGAGGUUUGGGCCGACGUAUCGGACUUCGUAUAUUAUUUGUUUGUGCUUUUUGGUGUUGGCGAUUUGUGGGGUUCUCAGCUCGUGGGUGCUGGUUUGGAGGGGGGAUAGGAGGCGCCAGAGGGAGGGGGAGGAGAGGGGUGUUGUUACUGAGAGUGAAGGCGAGGGCGUCAUUACGAGUGAGAAAAGGGAUGGGGAGAGGGUUUGA